AUGGAACGCGAAGCACCUCUGUCAGAACCUGAACUUCAACCAGAUGAGCAGGGUGACCGUGUCACGUUCUGUCCUCUAAUAGCGGACAAGAAGUCCCACCGUUGGACGAAGGAAGGCUCGUACUCGUCAAUCGGCAGUGAUACGGACGUCAAAUUCCCAGAAGAGACCGUUGUGGUGGGCCGGUCCCUGUCUUCCACAUUUAUACUCCAGUGUCUACUUAUAUUCGCCUUGUUUGCUUUUGGAUACGUCCAAGCAGUCGCGGAGUGCAUGUCUGGGAAUAAUCUGAAAUGCUUUGAAUGCAACAGCCACACAGAUCCUCAUUGUGGAGACCCAUUUAAUUGGACUACAUUGCCACCUCGAAAGCCCUGCGAUGGGUGUUGCGUCAAAAUGGUCCAAGGCAUUGGAACACCCUCUAUGAGCGUCCUUCGCACUUGCACGUCAGAACUGAGCAUCAAUUAUUUUAUGGUGGAUCAUGUUUGCAUGUCGCAAAGCAACCGCAGAGGCCAGCUCUGCUUUUGUGAGGACGACCUUUGUAACCAGGCCCAGAAGCACCAGGCCACGCCCCAUUCCAGUGCACUCACUCUGAUGUCCUACCUCGCUUGUAUGACCACCCUGAGUCGACAGCAUUUCAACUCCGGAUACACUCCCUAAACCCAAUCAUUCACACGCUGAACACAUUUACAUGUUAGCGAAAGAAAACCGAUCGCAUCAAGGCCAAAGCAAGGCAUUUGCUGUAGAAUCAAAAAGACACACGAAUCCUUCCACAUAUCUAGAACAUACCAAUCCGUGUUACCCAUCAUGCCUUCAUCAAGAACCACCUACCUAUAUGGAGAAUGUUUGUAUAGCUUGUCAUGACCUAUCGUUCGUAAUUGUUUGACAUUAUGAUACAAUAGAUUAGUCCUUCCAAUGUGA